UUCCCUUCUACGUGACUUUACCGAAAGAACCAAGAAUACGUCUUCGGCGUGUUUACUUCUUCGCCGCCGUGACGUCGAGGCGUGUUUACUUCGAGGUGACGUCACGACGUAUUUGCCAUCGCGUGACGUAGCACUGUUUAUCCUCGGACUCUGGGGAGGAGGAAGCAGCGAGCGAAGGCUCCAGAGGACGACGACGACGAGGAGGAGACGACGAGGAGACGACGACGAGGUGGAGGAGAAGAGGAGAGACAACGUGAGGAAGGAGCAGCGAUGGAGGGGACCGUGCGCUUGGACGUGCACGUCGGGGCUCGCGGGACGGCCCUGACCGUGGGCCUGGGUUGCCCGUGGAGAGACGUGCGCGCCAUGAUCCUCGCGUCUUUCGGACUGGCGAGCGCGCACUACACUUACCUGGACGAGGACAACGAGGAGGUGUCCAUCGACACUGAAGAGGAAUACGGCGAAGCGCUAAAGGUGGCAUGUGCUCAUGGCUAUGUGCUGCACAUUACCAUCCACAACGAGGAAUCAAGUUCCGGGACGGACGACUCUGGCAGCAACGUCAGCAGCAGCAGCAGCACAGUAACUACAAGUGUGCAGGAGCCUGCAACCGUCUUUAUAUCGCAGCAGCAGCAGCAGCAACAUUAUGAUGAACACCGCCACCGCCACCACCACCACCACCACGAAAAGCACCACCACCACCAACCUCAUCACCACCACCAUCACCACAAGCAUCACCAGCAGCACCUUGAGCAGCACCUUGAGCAGCACCUUGAGCAGCAGCUUGAGCAGCAGCUUCAGCAGCAGCAGCAGCAGCAGGUGCUGCAGUUCCAGCACCAGGUUCAACAGCAGCAGCAUGCGGUGGUGCAGCAAGUCCAGGAGCAGCAACAGCAGAAGAAUCAGGUGGAAGAGACUCCACUGGUGACCCAGCGCCCGGACGUUGAUGGCGGCAGCAGCGGCAGCAGCAGCGGCAGCAGCGAUGAUCCUGGUGACGUCGACGGUGAUGGUGCCGCCACCGCUGGUGGUGGCGAUGGUUUCCCGGUACCGCCCGGCACACCGCCUCCGUGGUUCCAGGAGUACAUGGAGAAGUUCCGAGAGAAAGUGGUGGUGGACGUGACGGUCAGGGUGACCAAGGAGGUGCGGAAGAGCCUGGCUCGGGAGCUCGCCGGAGGCGUGCCGCCGAAGGGACCCCCCCCCGGCAAAGGGGCGGCCCCCCCAGAUCCUCGAGCCUCUCCUCGGGCCCGCGACUCGGACGAGUCGGACAACGGAGCCGGCGCCCGGGACGCCAAGCAGCGCCUGCGCGCCGAGAAGGAGCUCCUGCGCCUGGAGAAGCAGCGCCUGCGUGCCGAGAAGAAGCAGCGCAAGGCCGAGUUUCGCGAGAUCAAGCGCCAGCUGAGCAUGCAGCGCUACGGCCGCGCCUGGGCCGGGGCCGCGGCCGCGGCCGCCGGCGCCCCGGUGGGGGUGGGCGCCGCGGGCGGUGGAAAGAAGAAGCGGCCGGAGGAGAAGAAUUUCGAGGCGGCGGCGGCGGCGGCGACUCAGCUGGUCGCGCCCUCUCACAUCCCGGCGCUGGCGUGUGUGAACGCCGUGUUCGUGGAGGAGAAUCUGCCGGACGGCACGCACGUGCAGCCAGAGAUGCGCUUCAUCAAGCACUGGCGCAUGUGCAACACGGGCAACAUGGCCUGGGACUCGCGCACCACGCUGCAGCUGCUCUGGGGGAACCUUCGCGUGGCGGUGAGCACGGGCCGCGAGGUGAGCGUGCCCUUCCUGGCGCCGGGCAGCACUGGCACCCUCUCCGUGGAGUUCGUGGCGCCCGCGGCCGAGGGCACCUACACGUCGCACUGGCGGCUGGCGCACGAGGGACGCCCCUUUGGGCCCCGCGUGUGGGUCACCGUGGUGGUGGCCGACCCGCCCAUGGGCCCCGAGGCCCCCAACUCCCCGACGCACUCCCUCUACAGCGCCGUGCGCAACACUCGCAAGGACCUGUCAUUCGAGCUGCUGCUGCCGGUGGAGGAGCAGAAGGUUCCGAGCAACACGCCGGUCGCCGUGAGCCCCCGUGCUUCCCCUCUGCCCGACGACGACGACGCGGUGCUGCUGGAGUCGGAGUCGCCGCACGAGCCGCGUGCCGAGGAGGAGCUGAGCGGCACGGACUUCGUCUUCGAGACGGUCAUCCGCUCGCUCACGCUCGAGGAGUCGCCCGAGCCACGGCCACAGCCCCGCAGGGACACGCGCCACGGCUCCGCCCCCGCACCUCUCCUCCGCCCCACGCCAGUCCCGGCCGCGACCAAAAUCGCCGACGACGACGAAUGCUGGCACGACGCGCUGGCCGGCCCUCCGGGUGGCACCGCCGUACUGGUGGCGCGUGGCACUGGCGGCGGAGGAGGCCACGAGGAGGGACAGGAGGAGGGACAAGCACGGGACGAACGCGAGGAGGAGGAGGAGGAUGGCGGCGCCAGCCAGUCCUCAGACGACUUUGUGGUGGUGCUUCCCGAGUGCUUCGACACGAGUCGCCCUCUCUCGCUCGAGAUUAUCUCCCCGGGCAGCUCCCACAAUGCACCGCCAGAGGCGGAGGAGGAGGAGGAUGACGAAGAAGAAGAGGAGGAGCAGGAAGGUGGCCGGGGCACUAGGGGGGCGGCGGCAGCUGCGGUGGCGGAGGAAAAGGGGGCGGGUGGUGCCGGUCCCGUGGGAGGGGCGGCGGCUGCGGCGGAUGGGUCAGAGGUCGCGGAGGAGGGCGGCGCGGGCACCGGUGGGGCGAUGGCAGAGGCGCCGGCGGAGGGCACGGUGGACGAGAUGCUGUGGGGGCCGCCCGCCGGCGGAGCGGUGCCGCUCACGCCGCUGUCGCUGCACGGAGGACCCGACGGCGCCCGGCUCCCGGGGGGCGACGGUGACGGUGCUUCGGGGCCACCCGGCGGAGAGCGGGCGGAGCCGGAGGGGCAGCCUCUGGGCGCCCCCCGCUACAUCAACAGCGCCCUGACUCUCGCCUCCAGCGCCAUCCGGGCCAUGCUGAGGGUCCCCGCCGCACAGGGCGGCCAGGGCGGCCAGGGCGGCCAGGGCGGCCCCGUGGCGGUGACGCCAACUGCAAUGAGGACGCUGCUGGAGAUGGGAUUCGGCGACCGCACGCUCAACGCCCGUCUCCUGCAGGAGCACGCCGGCGACCUCAACGCCGUCGUGCCGGCGCUGCUCGCCGCCAACGACGACGGCUGGCACCGCGUGCGCCACUGAGCGCGGCGCCGACGCCCAGGCGCCAGCAGCGGCAACGCUGUGACGGUAGCGACGACGACGACGCCCAGGUGCCAGCAGCGGUGACGCUGUGACGGUAGCGACGACGACGCCGCCCUGGCGCCAACGGCGGUGACGCUGUGACGGUAGCGGUGACGCUGUGACGGUAGCGGUGACGCUGUGACGGUAGCGGUGACGCUGUGGCUGUAGCCGAGACCCUCCCCCCCCCCCCCCCCAUCAGAUAGGCUAGCAGUGAUCCUAGUGGUCUAGCACUGACACAACAGCACUGACACUGACGAUAGUGGCACCGAUGGUCUCGCACUUACACUGUGAAAAUAGCAGUAUCCCCAAUCAGCUAGUCGAGAUCCUAGUGGUCUAGCACUGACACUGUUAGUGACACUUGACAGCCUAGCAGUGACAAUGAUGGUCUCGUAGUGACACUGAUACUGAUAGUCUAGCAGUGGCAUUGGUUAAGACCUCAGCUUGGGUGGUGAGAUCAAGGCCCGUGUUCUAGUUGAAUCAAGAUGCUGAUCAGUGUGGGAUUAAGACUCCCGUAAUUGUGGGAUUACAUAACUCAAUCUCUGGUGGAAAUAAGACCAAUUGAUGUAGCAAUUCAAACUCAAAACGAUGGUGGGGGGGAGAGGAGGAGGGGAUCAAUUCUCAGACUGGAGUGGACGCAAGCAUAAUUUAGAUCCAGACGAGAGUGGGGUUGCAGAGUCCCGAUUUAGCUGUGGGGAUGUGGACCAGGGUUGGGCUAAGCUUCAGGCCGCAGACUCGACGGCAACUUUUAAUUCCCAACGAUAACACUUCUAAGUAGGCUUCUCGGCGUAGCGUUCCCAAUCGCAUGUCUGUACUCGAGUAGUGAUUUUGUUUAGUUUUUGCGUAAGCCUGGUUAAGUCUUUAUUUCAUUCUCAUUGCUGCCCGUACGCCCGCCCGCCCGCCCGCAAAUCCCCAGCGGAACAUUAAACCGUACGAUUUAUGGGCUUCAUACUUGCUUAGCGGGAGGCAGUGGGAUAUAAUUUACAGCUGGCAACGGUCGUUAAUGACCGACCGACCAGCUUAAAAAGAGAUCUUUGUUCGAUUUUAUUCCCCAGAUUACCAAACGUGGGUGGAAGUGACACACGGCAACCCUCGCCGGAGCUCCAUCAGAGAUGGAAUUCCGGUUCCCAUCAUCCCCCCCCCCCUCCCCCCGUCGUGCCACAGCAACGUGGAAUUUCCACCACCUGGUUUUCUCAAGAGCCGCCAGUUAAAAGGGGGCGUAAGAGUCGUGCCAGUUGCUGUCGCCGUGGGCGCUUGGAUAUGCCGCUAGAUGUCAAAAUCGCAGAUUGUGUGAGCGGGCGGGCGAGGCCGAGUGGAAUCCCCGGGGCGUUUUAUCCAGACACGCGUGUGCACACACACACAUGUACACACAUGCAUACACGUACACGUGUACACACACACGUAAAUGCACAGCAGAUUCGUGUUGUUAUGGGGGGCGGUGUUUGAGCAAUCUCUGCCACUCUCAUGGCUGUGCGUGGCAGCGCGACAUUGCCAGGGGUGUAGGUGGCCGUGACAUCGUGGUCAGCUGUGCCCUUGCUCCCCCCCCCCCCGCCCCAGGUCCGUGCAAUUAUUCCAUCUGUAAUUGAUGUGGCUGGACAUGACGUCGCAUAAGUAGGGUGUCGGCUGAUUUUUCUAAGGGGUUCCGGAGUUGCGACAAUUGGUGGAAUCGCUGUCAAAAAUAUUUGCAUGCGCAGAGAGCCGCACACACCGGCACCCUUAUGUCAAUUGUCAUCCAUUGCCCAUCAAUGGGCAAUGGAUGACGGCAUUAAACCCAGAUGGUUUGGGCUGUAGUGCAAUGCAAGAGCCACACCAACACCAGUGAGUGAUGUCACCACGACGCCGCCUGUGCCAGGCUAGGUGCAUUCUGAGGCCACUGAAAGAGUGGUGAAGGCUCACUGGCCAGGAAAGUUAUGGGAUGGACUCCAAGGUGCUAUGGGUUCACCGAUUGGGCAACUGGCAAGAUGCACCACCUGUGCUCCCCCACAAACACACACUCACCACAAAAUGAACACGAGCACCUUAUAUAGAUUCAUUGCAGGACGUUAGUUCAUUAGUCACGUGUUGCAUUUAUGAAUACCCAUGUUUUGAUUCUGCAAAGACCUUUGGAGGUGAGACGUUUGUGAGCUGUGACGACGCCCAAGUGCGAGAGAGAGAAGGAGGAGGGAGGUGAGGAGGGAUGUGCAGAUGAGCCAAGGGGGAAGGCCGUCUGCGACAUCAACACGCACGGCUUCAUGUGGUGGUGCUUCAGUGGUAACCCCAAAAUAAAAAUCGCUAAGUUUAAAA